AAUUUAUCAGCGCGGACCCGACACCCAUGUCGACGGACGGAUGGAGUUCUGGCCACAACGACGACGCGCAUCCGAGCGAGCUCGAGGGCAUGUCAGAUGAUGAUGGCGAGGCAGGCGUUGAAUGCGGCAGCAGUGCUGCCGAAGACGAGGAUGGCAGUAGUGUGCCGGACGUGUUUGAGGAGUUUCACAGCAAAUCCUCACAGCGCAUCAACGUGUUGCUGCGUCAGACUGACGACAAGGUGUACCACAUGUACAUGAUGGAAGCGAGAACUCGCUCCGACCGAGAUUGCUUUGAACAGUGGGCUUCCGCGGCGUGCUACCUUCGCGUCCAAGGGUACAACGGGCUUGAUGGGUCAGGUGUACGAGCCCCAACUCCUCUUCCUGCCUGCGUUGCCCCUCUCGCCAGGUCAUCUGCGCGGAAUUCCGCUACGCCGUUCGAUGAGCUCCACUGGCGCUCCUCAUGUCUUCAAAUCCGCGGACAUCCCAUUCCGAGCCGUCCGACCCUCGGCGCAGACCAUGGUGCUUCACUCCAUUCGCUUAGUGACGAAGAAGUCUUUGCCAGUCACGGCAUACUGGACGAGAUGAUUUAUAAACAUGUACAAGCCCCUCCGCAUCAAGUUCGCGAUCACAAUUCACCGCCGCUUUCUCCAAGAGGUUCCCCGGCCAUCGCGUUCGACGAGGAUGCGAUCGACUCGGUCGCGCCGAAAUUCUGUUUGGUUCAGCAAGUUUACGACGCUGUCCUCGAACGCCUGUGGAUGCAUGUGACCUGCCAAUUUCAACCGCUCCUGCGCCAUGUUUUGCGGCCGCUGUCCGCGCCUCCGCACUCGCUGCCAAGCCGCAUGCCCCUCACCAAACCAAUCGACACUGUCGCAGCCGCGCCAAGAGAUCCAGGAUCCCCACCUGUCGUCACAUCAUCGGCGCGGCUCAAGUUAGUGCUGCCACGUCAACGAAACCUGUGAGUCGUGUGGAGAUGGACCAUCGCGAGCCCGUCGAUCGGUGACGUGGCUGCCGGGCUUGUAGAAUCAACCAAUAUGUACCCGUUUUGGCGUCCCGCGAUAUUCACCGCGGCGUCAAAAGUGUCGCCAUGCGGCCACGGCGACACAAAGACCAGUCGCUUCUUUCCCCACUCCGACCUGCCGCCGCCACCACCUCCUCGACGUAUUCGGCCGCACGCCAACGUAUAACUCCAUCAUCGGCCAUCACACCGCCGCCGCCGACUGUGACCUUGCCCAAGCUGCGCGGCGCCACUGGAGCCACACCGCGGCACACAGCCGCCACGACCAAAUAUGGCAGCUCACAAGGACUUGGUCGAGCAAUUUAACACUCUCAAGCACGUGGAUUGAAAAAAGUUGUACUUUUGGAAGUCCUUGCCUGAU